AUGGCGUUGGACCAACGGACGCACGGCCGCGAGUCAAACCCCCAAGCCAUGCAGCGUCCCAGGAAGUCGCCCUUCGCCAAGGCCGAUGCAGGAAUGGAGCUUCCAUCCUAUCUGGGCACUGGUCCACUGGUCGACAAUGACUUCACACGGAGCCCUGCUGAGCGACUGGUGCUGAUCGUCCUGGAUGCUCGUCGGGCGCUUAUAGGUCUAGCCCUCGGAAAUAACCGUGUGCUCCCUCGCAUGGACAGAACCCACCUCGCGACCCCCUCUAGGGGCCUCGAUCGUUCGCUGGCAUCUCAGCCACCGAUGCCCGUCAGCUUCCCACUGGAACGGUCCAAACCCUCGUAUGGGAAAGGACGGGGGGCAAUGGGGGGGGGCGAUGGGGGCUAUCGGACUAGAUCACCUGCUCCCCGUCGUCAUCAUGAAUCCGAGGGGAAGCUCCGUGCUCCGCAGGAGCGAACGUUGUGA